GCAACCAUUGACUCGGCAUGUGAAGGGAUUAUAGUGAACAAAGUAUGGGUAAAGAAACACCACUUUCCCACUUACUCACUCAAUCGCCCAAUCCGCGUCCACAAUGUCAAUGAUACAAUUAACAAGGCAGGUCUCAUCCGGUUAGCACUGGAUGUAAGCCUCAAA